UUCUUUCCAGUGCGCAUUAAUCUGCCCUCCAUCUCAUGAUUCCAAACUUCUUCCGGUAGGAGUAAUUAACCGCUCCCCCGCAAUACUCUCUAUCCAUCCAUCUCCAUAAUUUCCCCUCUAGAGAUAUAUACAUCGGUCUCCAGCGUCGGGAGUGAUCGAUCUAGCUAGCAUGGAGAGAGAAAUUGAGGCUAAAAUAUAAUCGAUCCCCGGCCGGCCUCCUCUUCUUCAGUUGGUGUUUGAUCCAUCAUCAUCGGACAUUGUCUAUCGGGGGAAGGUGCUUCCCGUCGUCAUUGAUUGCAUCUCCCGGCCACGUUCCAACUACUGAUCAAAGGGGGAGCGAUCGAUCUAAUCUCGCGACCAGAACCAAAACCAAAUUCGCCCCCGGCCCCUUGACAUUGGUCGUCGUCGUCUCCCCGGCCGUAUCCCGUCCGCCACCACCUACCGAUUAAUUCCUCGCAAGUUCCUUUUGUUUGCCCGAUCGCAAGCAAAAAGAUUUGUUCUUUGCACCCUCGCCCACGUCCCGGACUCCUGGACGCGGGCUCUGUAGUCUGUAGCGGUUGGCGCGCGCGGCAUCCUCCAGGCGGUUGAGAUAACAACGACGCGUGGGUGCGCGAGCGAGCUGCAUAAUCGAUCGCGCGAUCAUGGGGGCCAGCGGCCGCGGCGCCGCCGAGCAGCAGCCGACGGGCGCCAAGCCGUCCCCACGCAUAGGAGAGCAGCACUACCCGGCUUCGUCGACCAAGACGUCCCCGCGCGCCGGGACCGGCAUCGGCAUCGGCGUGGGCGUGCCGUCCAUGCUCCCCACGGCGCUGCUGGAGAGCAAGUGGGCGCUCUCGGCUGCCAUCACCGUCUUCCUCUUCCUCGCCGCCGCGCUCACCUUCACCUCCUCCCCCGCCAUCUCCGCCUCCUCCUUCCUCUCCUUCCUCCCGGCCUCGCAUCCCCAACAACACGACCAGCAGCAGCAGCCGGCUUCGUCUUCUCCGCCUCCGGCGGCGGCUGAUCCGGGCGCGGGCGUGCCGAGGCUGGCGUACCUGGUGUCGGGCUCCAAGGGCGACCUGGACAGGCUAUGGCGGACGCUGCACGCGCUCUACCACCCGCGGAACCUCUACGUGGUGCACCUGGACCGGGAAUCCCCCGUCGGGGAGCGCCUGGAGCUGGCGGCCCGGGUCGCCAACAGCACCGUGUUCCGCCGCGUCGGCAACGUCGAGGUCAUCCGCCGCGCCAACAUGGUCACCUACCGGGGCCCGACCAUGGUGGCCAACACGCUGCACGCCUGCGCCGUGCUCUUGCGCCGCAGCCGCGACUGGGACUGGUUCAUCAACCUCUCCGCCUCCGACUACCCGCUCAUGACCCAGGACGAUAUCCUUCACGUGUUCUCGACGCUGCCCAGGAACGUCAACUUCAUCGAGCACACCGGCAACCUCGGCUGGAAAGAGGGGCAGCGGGGGAGGCCAGUGAUCGUGGACCCGGGGCUCUACAGCUCCCAAAAACAAGACAUCUUCUACACGUCCCCGCACCGGGAGCUCCCGACGGCGUUCAAGCUCUACACGGGGUCGGCAUGGGUGGCGCUGACCCGUGACUUCGCCGAGUACGUGGUCUGGGGCUGGGACAACCUGCCCCGGACGCUCCUCAUGUACUACAGCAACUUCGUGUCGUCCCCGGAGGGCUACUUCCAGACGGUGGCCUGCAACGCGCCGCGGUUCGUGCCCACCGUGGCCAACCACGACCUGCACCACAUCCAGUGGGACGUGCCGCCCAGGCAGCACCCGCACCCGCUCGGCCUCGCCGACAUGGACCGGAUGCUGCGCAGCGACGCGCCUUUCGCGCGCAAGUUCGGGCGCGACGAUCCGGUCCUCGACGCCAUUGAUCGGCAGCUGCUGCGAGGGAGAGGGGGGAGUAAUGUUAAUGGGACUGCGUCGUCGUCGUCGUCGGGGAUGUUUGUGCCAGGAGGGUGGUGUGGGGAGAAUGGGGAUUGUGUGAACAGUGGGGGUGAUCAGGAUUGGGUGCUGAGGCCAGGGCCUGGGGCGGAGAGGCUGAAGAGGCUCAUGGACAGGAUCGUCAGGUCCGAAGCCUUCGCCAACAGCCAGUGCAAGUAAGCUGCUAGAGCUAGUGGAUACAAAGCAUGCGUGCAAGUGAAAGCUCGACAUCGUCAUGCGUCCUGCCUGCUGCAUCGCGUCGAUGUUGGUGUGUGCUCACUGGUUUCAAUUCCUUUCACGCCUGUACAAAACCAUGCAUCAGAUCAGAGCGUACAUAUAAACACAUAUGCUUAUAGAGAGAUAGAGGUCGAGCUUCGUGAUGUUAUACUCUGGUUAAUUAUUCGGUGUCAGGAACUGUUAAGUGCGCAGCUAAUUAAGGAGAUCGAGGAGGAGUUCAAUGUGUAAAACAGAUGGUGAUAUUUCGUUUUGUCCUUCCAAAAGUUGCAUUCCCUACUAAAUUACUAAUGAAACAUGCUGGAUCAGG